AUGAGGGCAGAAAAGAAGCCACAGAGCUCUUCUAGGGAGCACCGCGGGAGAAGCAGAGAGCAGGCCAUUCAAGAUGGCAGGAAGAAGGACAAAGUGGAACACAGCCGGAAGACUAGCAAAGAGAAGCAGCAGGAGUUCAGCAAAAGGAAGAGGGAAAGGGAGACCCAGAGCAGCCUUCAGGCAGACAACCAAGUCCACACUUCCACAGUAGUGGAUGUGGAUGAUGUUGUGCCAUUUGAGGAGGAAAUGGAGGCCCUGCUUGAAAGUGAGAAGCAGGAGGAAGGUACAAAGUCUCCAGGCCUGGGCAUUUGUGAGUGGCUUCUUGUCAUCCUUUCCCUCCUCCUCCUCAUAGUCACGUUCCCCAUUUCCAUCUGGUUCUGCAUGAAGAUUGUACGGGAGUAUGAAAGAGCCAUUUUGUUUCGAUUUGGACGCCUUCUUUGCGGAAGGCCCAGAGGGCCCGGAUUAUUCCUUUUCCUACCAUGUUUGGACACCUACCACAAAAUAGACCUUCGCCUCAAAACCUUAGAGAUCCCUUUCUAUGAGACCAUAACCAAAGACAUGGCAAGUCUAGAAAUAGAUACCAUCUGUUACUAUCGAAUGGAGAAUGCCACACUCGUCAUGACCACCCUUGCCAACCACUCGAAGGCAAUCCAGCUGCUAGUGCCAACCAUCGCAAAGCGCUUUCUGGCACAACGGUCGCUCACAGACAUCCUGAUGGAGAGGAAGAGCAUCAGCCAGGAAAUAAAGGUGGCUGUGGACGCCAUCACCUGUCAGUGGGGGAUCAAGGUGGAAAGGACAGAAAUUAAAGAUGUGCGGUUGCCAACGGAGCUUCAGGAAUCACUGGCUGCACAAGCAGAAGCCCAGAGACAAGCCAGAGUGAGGGUCAUAGCUGCUGAAGGAGAAAAGGCUGCUUCCGAAUCUCUGAAGGUGGCAGCUGAGGUGCUUUCCCACACGCCAGCCGCCCUCCAGCUCCGCUACCUUCACAUGUUGCAAAACCUGUCUGCAGAGAAGCCGUCCACCUUUAUUCUUCCUUUCCCCCUUGACCUAAUGAAUCCUUCAUCAGUAGACAACCUGAAAUCCACAGGCUGCAAGCGCUCUUCAGAUAUCGCCAGCAACCCAGAAGCUCCAAAGGCGAAGGAUUCCCCCAUGUUGUAG